AUGGAACAUCUUGCUCGCGAAUAUGUUUCGUUCGCUCGUCAAUUAUCGGCUAGCGGAUCCUUCAGUAAAGCUUUUGAAUUUUACUUGAUGGCUUUCGAAAAAGAUACCACUUUGAAAAAUGUUCUUGAACCCGAAUUUGGGUUUGUAUUGACCGCUUUGAAUAAUACUUUAGCUUCAGCUAACAACAUGGAUGCAAUUUUUAACAAUUUUAAACGAACGCUGGACUUUUUUCCGAACCAUGUUUAUUUCAUAAACGACAUUGGAAAAUAUCUCUAUCAUUAUAAGUUCUAUAAUGAAGCUAUGUUUCACUUCCAAAAAGCUUUAAAUUUGGACUCUGAUUUUGUAAAUGCUGAAAAAAAUCUGAAUUCAAUUAAGAAUUUAUUAGUAGAACGAUGGCACUUCAGAAUGUUGAAUGAUAAAAUUCGUAAUGAGGCUUAUCGAGCUGCAAUACACCAGACUUUGGUCCCAUUAAAAGAUUGUGUUUUGGAUCUCGGGACAGGUACAGGCCUAUUAGCAAUGUAUGCUAACGAGUGUAAACCUAUGGCUAUAACAGCCUGUGAUGGCUCAGAAGUUAUGACUAAGAUGGCAGAAGCCAUAACACAAGACAAUGGCUAUGAUGACAUUAUAGUUGUAAACAAAUUAUCAACAACAAUGAAUUACAGGGAUGUUGGUGGUAAGCGGUCAUUGCUCAUUACAGAGAUGUUUGAUGCAGCGUUAUUUGGAGAGCAUGUUCUUCAGAGUCUGUCACAUGCUUGGGAGUAUUUGAUAAGCAGUGCUGGCAGAGUGAUACCUAAUAAAGCAGAAUUCUUUGUUAUUGGUGCUAAAUGUGAUUUUCUGCAUCACAAAUAUCAGUUGAGCUCUUCUAUAAAAACACUUUUAAACAUUUCCACUUUGAAUGUUCAUGUAAUAACACAUGGGGAGACCUAUGAUUGUGAGGAUGUGCAUUUGUAUGGGGAUGACAUAAAGUACAUGACUGAGCCAACGUCACUUGUGAAAAUUGACUUCAACAAUGCCCAUGAAAUACAAGAUGCGAUAAAUAGAAGAGAACCGUAUGAAAUUGAAUUAAAAGCCAUAGAGAAUGGUGAGAUUAAUAUCUAUAUUGGUUAUUUUAAUUUAUAUUUGACUGACACGAUUACUGUAACCACUGAUCCCAGGUCUAACAUGAGAGCGAAUGCCUGGCAGCAGGCCAUAUUUUUUGAUAACAUAACAAAGCAAGUUGAAGAAAAUGAUAUUAUUGAUGCUGAAUUUUUAAUGAAUGGAGGCAAAUUGAAAAUGUUAAAGGAAUACAAUUACAGUAUAUCUAGAAUCUCAUCAAAUAUUUUGAGAUUCUUAAAUGAUGUUGAGUUUAUGAAUAUGAUAUCAGGAUGCAUUGGUAUGGCCUGCGUAUACUUGGGGCAGAUGGCUGAAAUGUCACAAAUAAAUGUUAUUGAUUUGUGCCCUUUUCCCAUGUUUGGGCUACAACUUCUAAAGCGUGGCAUUCAGUCGUUAAUAUGCACUGCUAAAACAGAAUGUGAUAGACGGUUUUUCAAGAAAGUCUUUAAAGCCAAUGAUAUUCCCUUAUCAAAAAUCACAAUUCUGGUUGGAGAUGAUUGGUUGCAAGACGUUUUCAAAGAUGAGAAGUAUCAUGCCAUAUUUUGUAAUAUAUUUGAGCAAUGUGGAGAAAUUGAUUUGCGUGCAAGAGAAAUAGCUCAAAAAUUGAAAAAUAGACACCUUCAUCAAGGUGGUCUUUUCAUGCCUGCAAAUAUCAAGUUGAUGGGCCAGAUUGUGAACAGUCAUUGGCUAGAUAUUAACAACAAAAUCUAUGAUGAGAAUGUGAGCAACUACAGGAUAGCUGAAUAUUUGAACAAGUUUCAAGUUACACAAAACUAUUAUAUUGACUUCAGUCAUCUAGAAUAUACUCCUCUAUCAGAACCUUGUGUACUUGGUUCUUUCAGUACCUUCGAUCGGACGGAUAUUAUAAGCGUACCAGUAAUAAGAGACGGGCAAACAAGUGCCAUUUUAUGCUGGUAUGUCAUAGAAUUAAUGGACAAUUGUAAUGAAAUAUCAACAAACAGAAAGUCUAGCUUUAUAAGUGGUGUAGCAUUUCUGACAAAUUCUAUCAUGCCACUACGCAGGGGUACAGUGACCAACUUAUCAUGUUGUUUUGAUAUAAUUGGAUGUUUUAAAGUAAUGAAAACGGAUAACUUUUAA